AUGUUCAGGAAAUGGCCUACAAUAAUGAUUUUGGCUUACUUAUGUUAUUUGGGAGCGGCCCAGGAACAGCUUAUUUUUCAAACAUCGAGUGACCCAUUAAUUUUUGCUGCUUCAACGACGUCCAGCCCCCUUUUAUCCUAGAGGUCCAACUUGGUGCUGGUUAACAAUGUAAGAGUGCCAGGAGCUAUCACACCUUUCGCAUCAGAGCCGGCCCCGACUCAGGAAUUUCUAAAUUGCUUUGGUAGAUGCCCCACUACAUCGCAGUAUAAUCCGAUUUGUGGGAGCAAUAUGCAGCUUUAUAUGAAUGAACAGAAAUUUAACUGCGCUCGUUACUGUGGUGCGGACAUACAAAUAGUUCGACGUGGCAGUUGCGAGGGUCUUUUUGCAAUGACGCGCGGCUGAUAUCCUUUAGAUACAAAAAUAUCGUGUAUACUUAAUCCAAGUAUAUACAUAUUACCGA